GCUGUUUGUGGGGCUUUCUCCUUCCCAGCAGCCGGAUGUGUCGUUAUGGGUACGGAGGGGGAAACUCUUAGGGGAACUUUUCUUGCCGUAGGGACUCUGCGAUGUCGGGCACAUACACCAGAGUUAGACUGUAAGAAUGGAUGCUGCCGGGUGCCCUUCAACGGGCCAAGUUAUUCUCUUAGCGACCAGUUCAGCUGUCACUGCAAUUCUGUAUACCAUUUACAGGCAAAAGUCAAAAAUUGUUCACAGCCUAAAGGGAGCCAAAAAAGUCACCUUGGACCAGGACUUGAAGACUAUCCUUAUGGAAGCACCGGGGAAGUGUGUUCCCUAUGCAGUGAUAGAAGGUGUUGUACGGUCGAUUAAGGAAACCCUCAACAGCCAGUUUGUGGAAAACUGCAAGGGAGUGGUUCAGAGGCUAACAUUGCAGGAGCACAAGAUGGUGUGGAACCGAACUACCCACCUCUGGAAUGACUAUGAAAAGAUCCUUCACCAGAGAACCAACAUGACGGCCUUUGAGUUGGUGCCCCAGGAAGGAGGCGCUGAUGUUGCCGUGAGGGUGUUGAAACCCUUGGAUGCUGCCGAGCUCAGCUUGGAGACGGUGUAUGAGAAGUUCCACCCUUCUGUCCAGUCCUUCACAGAUGCAAUUGGCCACUACCUCAGUGGGGAGCGCCCCAAAGGCAUCCAGGAGACGGAAGAGAUGCUGAAGGUGGGGGCGGUGCUUACUGGGGUGGGGGAGCUGGUCCUUGACAACAGCACCAUCACACUACAGCCUCCCAAGCAGGGCAUGCGCUAUUACUUAAGCAGCCAGGAUUUUGACUCCUUGCUCCAGAAACAAGAAUCGAGUGUUCGGCUCUGGAAGGUCCUGACCCUCCUUUUUGGCUUUGCCACGUGUGCCGUCCUCUUCUUUGUCCUGCACAAGCAGUACCGCCAUCACCGGGCAAAGCAGCGCCUGCGUCGGAUACAGGAAACUAUUGCAGCAGGCGGGGAUGCAGUGAACGUGUGCGUCAUCUGCUUGAGCAACAGCCGCUCGUGUGUCUUUCUCGAGUGCGGCCACGUCUGCUCCUGUGACAAGUGCUACCAAGCACUUCCGCAGCCCUGCCACUGUCCCAUUUGUAGGCAAGAGAUCACAAGAGUUGUGCCUUUAUACAACAGCUGAAUUAGCACCAGCGUUCCUUUUGGUUGCCUCUGCUAAUUGCUUUGCUAUCGUUGAGGAACGUUCGUCUAGGUAUCGAUGCGGCACAGAGGAGCUCAGGGUGUGGAUUUGGUGGCUGGAGCCCUUUGCACAAAGGCAGACGGAGCCAAGCCACGUUGCUGAAAGUUGCCAAUGAACAUCUGGAGUUUUUAAGGAUUGCUGUGAGUUUUGGACAGGAUUGCUCAGCACUGCUUUGGUGGAUAUUUUGCCAAAAUAAAGGUUCUUCUCCGUGGAGAAUUCACAUGUAAACAAUGAUGCGUGUGUCUAACUCAGCCUUCCCUAACAUGUCCCCUCCAUAUGUUUCGGACUACAGCUCUCAUCACCCCAUCGUGGCUGGAGUUGUGGUCCAAAACACGUGGAGGGCACCAGAUGACAGGUAGCUGCUUUAACUAAUCUCGUAUUUUUCUUUUUCUUGUAUGAGAACUGACGGGAUCAUGUUUCUAGACUGCUAUGUUUCUUUUGAGUUACUUUGCACCAGUGUGCUCUGUCCUUAAAGCAUUUCACAGUCCCAAAUUCAAAAGAAACUCCGAAUUCAGUGCCCAAAAUAAAUUAAGCUUGCCCUG